AUGCUCACUGCGUUGUUUCACAAACCUAAUGAUCGUCAAUUCGUUAUAGCAUUAGAAAAUUCAAUACUAUCAUUUAUUGAUUCAAAUGCAGAUUCCUGUGAGCUAGCUCCAAUGAACUCUUAUUUCAGGUUGUUAUCCCAUCAAAUUGCUGAAUAUCAUAAUGUGAAGCACGCUUUAGCUAGGUCUCAUGAUAAUUGUGUCAUCGUAUUCAAAGGGCAUGGGUUUGUCAAAUCAAUGAGAAAGCCGCUCUUACAGAAUUGCCUCCCCUAG